AUGCCAUUGCCAAACUCUCUAUAUAAAGAUUUAUCUCUUCACGACAGUUCUCGCCAUCACCCGCAAGCUCUCUCUAUUUCUCAACACUCAGCCUCUCAUCUCUCGCACAAUAUGAAGCUGUUACUGAAGGCCUUCUUUAUUAUUGUAGUUGCUGUCAUGGCUCUAGCCAUUAGUGCUGCUGCAUUAACACUCGAAGAAGAGCAAGAUCAAGAAGGUGCUGACAUGGAUUAUGGAGACGAAACAUCUGAAUUUAGUGCAGAACAUAGAUUUGGUCGUAUUCUUAUUCAAAGGAAAAGAAAAGCACGUGCUCGCAUGAGUUGUAAAAAAUUCCCUAGGAUUGGCCAUGCAAAGGGAAGUCCAGGGCCUUAUUGUUGCAAGAAGAAGUGUGUGAAUGUUUUAAGGGAUCGCUUUAACUGUGGAGCCUGUGGGAAGAAAUGCAAAUACAAUCAGAUAUGUUGCAAUGGGAAAUGUGUUAACCCUUCUUUUAAUAGAAGACACUGUGGGGGUUGCAACAACAAAUGUAAAAAUGGAAGCUUUUGUGCUUUUGGUCUUUGCAAUUAUGCUUAA